UCAGUAUUGCCCUUGCUAAAUAGGUAUUGCUCUUCAAGUAAGGUUACUAACAUAAGGGCAAUAUUUCGUCAGUUUACUGCACUUUUUUCGCAUUGUUUCCGCAUCCUUCGAUUUUUUUCGCUUUCAUUUGGUAUAAAGCCAUUGCAACUCCACAUCUUUCAAUUGAAAUUUUGCCGUACUAAUACUUUUCUUUAAUCAAUUGACUUUGAAGUUACGAUUCAUCUUAGGUACCAUAAUGGUUGAAUUACGUCGUUCAAGUAGAAUACAAAAUCCUUCUCCACCAUCGAGCACCGAGCCAGUUGCCAAAAAGGCUAAAGCUUCCGAUGGUCAAUCGGUACCAAAGCUGGAAAAGCAAUUAGAGGUUGGGGACAGUAUUCCUGACUUGGUGUUGAAAAAUGAAGAUGACGAGGAGGUCCAAUUGAGUGAAUUGGCUUCCAAAACCACUUAUCUUGCUAUAUUUGCUUAUCCAAAAGCUUCAACCCCUGGUUGUACUAGACAAGCUUGUGGAUUCAGAGAUUCUUACGAAAGUUUGGCUCUGAAGCAUGUCACUGUUGUUGGGAUCUCUGCAGAUUCACCAUCAGCCCAGAAAAAGUUUAUUACCAAGCAGAAUUUGCAGUAUUCUUUAUUGAGUGACCCUAAAAGAGAGUUUAUUGGGUUAUUGGGUGCUAAAAAGACUCCUCAAAGUGGUGUCACCAGAUCACAUUGGGUAUUUAAGAAUGGUAAGUUGGCUAUUAAGAAGGUGGGUAUCAGUCCAGAAGCAAGUUUUGGUGAAAUUGGUUCUGAUGUCGAUGGUUUAGAAGAAGCAAAAGAGGAACCCGAGGUUUUCAAAGCUGAAGAUGCUGAGGCUGCUGGUGACGAAGCCAAGGAUGAAGCAUUGAAUGGUGAAGACGUUGAUCAAGAAGCAAGUAAGGAUGGUGAAGCAUAGGUUGCAAUAUUUAUGAUUAAUGCCGCAAAAAAAAAAAAAAAAUUCUACGUAGAAUAACGAAAA